GCCACGACCAUCAUCCACCACCCUUUGCUCAGUUGGCGGAUUACGCGAGAACGUCCAAGAUUGAUUCUCCCCUUCGGCCUCCGGAAAACUGCCGAUGGCGGGGCAAAAAGGGGGCACAAGCAGAGCGUCUCGGCGACUAUAAAGCCUCACCAUGACCCACGUAAGCUCCGUAUUUCUAACUGCAGUUAGCACGAGAGUCUCGUACGUGACUUUUCGGGAGAUUCGAGUGUGCCUAGCACGCAGUGUGAUCUAUUCGCUGGCACGAGAGUGUACGCCAAAAUCGCCGACAAUAAUCGAACAUUCGUCUGGUUGACUUCCGGAAUAAUACGUCGAACAACAUGAAAAUCCUCAUAUUGCUGCUCGGUCUGACGAUGAUGGCGUGCGCGCAGAGGUUUACGACUCCGCAGUACUACAAUCCCAACUACUACGGCCGCCCUUACUACGCUAUUCUGCGACAGAGACAAGACUCCGCGCCGGACGGAUCGUACUCCUACAGCUACGACACGGAGAACGGUAUCUCCGUAGCGGAAACGGGGCAGCCGAAGAACAUCGGACCUCACCAGAUCGAGGCAGUCAGAGGUCAAUACAGUUACACGGCUCCGGACGGCACGCCGAUCGUGGUUACUUACACGGCCGACGAGAACGGCUUCCUGGCGAGCGGCGCUCACCUGCCGACACCGCCGCCGAUCCCAUUGGCGAUACAACGCGCCCUGGCGCACAACGCGGCUCAUCCUGAAGAGGAGGAUCCUUACAGAAGAUACUAGAGCUCACUGUGCCUACACUAGGACUGCUCAACGCUUCGAUAUAUUGACAAUGCUACGAUAUUCCAAUGUUGCGAUCUUCGUUUUUCGGAUGUCGACGAUAUCUUUUGCUAUAUCACUUAUUAUUCGAUCGUUAUGCGUCAACGAGUGAUUUUUUCGAAACUGAUGAUCAAUCCUGCCGGUUAUUAAUUAUAAAACUAAAAAAUUAAACAUUAUCGUGUCGAUAAAAUACUUCCGAAGAUCGAGCAUGCUUGCACUAUGAUCGUUAUAUCGAUGACGAAUUUGUUGAGGAGUGCUAGUGUGUCUAUUUUGCGCGAGCAAGUCGAGGCACGAUUAGGCGAGACAAUAUAUGACGUGGGAAUAUAAUCGAUGAGUACAAGCAAAGAGAGAGUACAAGAAAAUAAUAGAUAAAUCAAUUAUUUUUAACAAUCGUAAAAUUGCAACCAACACAGAUGUGCUUGUAAGCUAUAAAAAAUUUUACAAUGCUGUAUUAUUUUUUUCCUUUAGAAACACAUUUCUUUCAUUUAAGACGGACUGAUGCAACGGAGAUUGCCAAUUAAAGUAUAAUUCGUUUCGCGCUGAUAUUUUAAGAAGUCGCGAUUAAGGUGUGUCGAGAGAAGUCAUAAAACUGUACUUAAGAUGCUGUAAUUUACAGAUACGACCAAUAACACGACACAUUAUGAAAGUUCGAGAUAAAAUAAAAUAUAUGUUGAACAGAAUUAUUGUAUAUUGCGUGUUCUAUUCAUAGCGUUAUGUUCAGUGAAGUUCUGCGUUAUUACAUCAUUCGAUCACACGACAUUUAAGCACUUUAAAUAUGAAUUACACAAAAAUGUCUCGCCGCGAGAGAGACGUCGGCAUAUUUCGAGAGUUUAUGCAAUUUGCAAAUUAAAUUAUUUUUUUAUUUGUAAAAUGAUGAAAUCAGAAGAAUAGAGUUUACGAAUAAUAGAUCUGUACAAAAUAAUUACGCCGUGCAAUUAAAAAAUGCACAGAUGAUUAACAUGAAAAUAACUUGUACUCGUCUUUAAUAAUUUCGCUCGUCGUCUGAACGUGCCCUAAUCUUAAACAGUAUAAACUAUUCGAUUUACGUAAAAAGUUAAUUAAAACAAUAAAUUUCGCAUAUUUUGUGGAAACAAAAAUUAAUUUUAUCAAUUGGUAUCCACUUUUCAGAUAAAAAGGAAUAAUUGUAUAUAAAUAAUUCUUUAUAUAAAGCAAAUUGAAGAAUAAGAAUUCUGUCGGAAUUCUGUUAUACUGUUUAGUGUUAGUCGACUAAUAUCAACGACAUCCCUCAAAGAUUUGCCGGAUACGAAGUAUGGCGCUUUGCUUUAUUGAUCCUAACACGAAGAGAUUACAUCUACUGACGCGAUAUAUCAAGAUUCCGCGUUAUUCCGCGAUUCGCCGAUCUUUCGUGCAUCUCGCUUUUCCAUUUUUCCCGCUCGGUAUAAAAUACUGGAGACGGUGAGAAGGAUCAGAAAUCGCGGUGCGGACGCUUAGGCGACAAUAUGUCAUGUCACAUAUAUGCUGUAUUGUAUCAUGUUUAAUGGCUAUCUUUAUUAAAUCGUUUAAUUGCGAUUGCAUUGCGUAUCCAGAUAUUAUGAGUAUCAUAAUUAUGUGCCUAUUAUUAUAACGCGUCAUCGAGAUAUAUAUAUAUAUAUAUAUAUAUUCAUUAAGGAUUAAAGAUCGUCUUCGUCUUAUGCCUUUAACAAUUUUUAACGAACCGGUCAUAAUUACUGUAUAGUAAUAAAUUAUUUUAGUACGCAGGAUAUAUACUUUUCUAUUUAGCGAUAAUAACUUUAAGCUUUAAUAUAUUUGUUACACGAUGAAUGAUAAACUUGCUACAUCAUAAUUUGUAUGUACUUGUAAUAGCGGAAAAUGAAUUCCAAACGAUGUUGCGAUAUUGAGAUAAAUUAUAGAUCGACCAUAUGCUCGAUAAAUUGCUCGGUGAUUUUUCAAGAUUACACGCGAAGUCAAAGUCGUCUGGUGACAUCGAUUAAUUUGCAUAACUAAGCUUUUACUAGCCAGCUGCGUUACAUCGCACACCUCGAUUGCUUAAUAUGUUACGUCAGGAAAUUCAGAGGAGAGAAAUGAAUUAAUGCCUUUCAGAGCAUUCAGGAUUUGAUUUCGAUGAAAGUGCGUCUUUUUCAGUCUUUUCAUUGUAGGUGUGAAUAAAAAAGAUUUUUUUAGAGUCA